UCUUAUAAAGAGGAAGGCUGAGCACCAAGCAAUAAAGGUUAGAGGUUAGAGAGAGCUGCUAUCAGUCUGGGCGUGAACGAGGAAAAUCAGAAAGCUGUCUUGCCAAAGUACAAGAUCCCUAACAAACAUUUGAAAUAGUGAGAACUAAACAUCCAGUGAGAGGCUGGACAGCUGCCUUAGCUGUAUUCCCAGUCUAGAUGGUGAAGAACAAAAAGCUUGCCUGCAGUAAAAAGUUGAGAAAAAGAGCGAGCUAGCGAAAAAGGAGAGCUGGCACUUGAGAGCAGACAUAAAGCAGUUCUGGAGAGGAGCCGUGAUGGAAAACCUAUCAGUCUACCACGGACCCAUUGGAAAAGAAGAGGGGGAGAGGCGGUUAGGACAGGACGGGCGGGAUGGGUGCUACCUAGUCCGAAACAGUGAAUCUAUGCCUGGCGUCUUCUGCCUGUGUGUGCUGAACAAUGGAUUCGUCUACACUUACAGACUACACAAGGACGACACAGGCUCGUGGGCUGCAGAAACCUCUCCUGGUGUGCAAAAACGAUAUUUCCGGCAAAUCAAGAACUUGAUAGCAGCUUUCCAGAAGCCUGGACAAGGAAUUGCCAUGCCUCUGCUCUACCCUGUCACUGCUCAGAGACGGGCCCAAACACACACAGAGGCACAGGCAUCCAGUAAAAGCCUGUCACCAACACACAACAGCCAAAACUCACACCUACAGCAGCAGCUGCCUCAGGCCGCUCAGGGACAGACAAACAGGAACAAGAAGGAGGUGCGGCCAGCUCUCACUUAAGGGUGAACCUGUUCAGCUGCGACCUAAUUAAAUAGUGUCACAUUUUGCAUGCUGUGUAUGAAGUACAUGUCGUCUUAUUAAAAUUAACAAGCUUCUGUUGUUUUAUUUUUUAAACUCAAGUUUUAAAUUUUAAAUUCUUUUAAAAUCAUUCAAGUCAUUUAAACCCUAGCACUGAGUUAGAUCUAAGUAGAAUAUCCUUCCAGUAUCACUUGUUUUUACCCUCGGUGCACAGGCAGCACAGAAAGUGCCUCAUAACUUUCAGGCAUGUGAUGUAAAAUAUUCAGCUGCUGAAACAUUAAUAUCCAUUACUGCAUACAUAAGUUGACAACAGAUAUUGUGCUAUGUUUUCUUAAUGCAAUUCAGUUGUGUGAAUGGCAAAGAAAAUAAAUUAUAUUGGUUGAAAUAAACUCUUUUAAAUGAGGUCACGCACACACAGCAGCACACACCCAAGCCUCCAUCUGACAUAUAAUGUGGAACAAAAAUUCAAUUUGACAUAUUGAAGUACUGAUUUCCAUCUAGAGAAUGCUGACUGCUAGAAAGGGGGCAAAAAUCUGUCAUUCAUCU